AGUGUAGGUUUACUUUGCCUCUCGACAUCUGCCUCUACACCAUCCUUAUCAUCGCCUGGAUGCCGCCAAGCACCUUACCAGAACUGUUUAGACAUCACCCGCAUCAAGCCCGAACCUGUUCGAUACUGUAUCGUCAUAAGAUCGGCCAUUGUCCAUUGUUCAUUGGCAGACAUAGGUCGUGACAUCUGAGAUAACAUUACAGCGUGCAACUAGCGAGGAUAUCUACUUCGUAGCAUCAGCAACCGGCCGUAUUUCUUCGCCGCCUAUUGCAGAACCUCGCCCAAUAGCUAAACCCGGCAUCCGGUUUCUCGACCCGAGUCCAUAGCCCCGCAGAUAUUCGUUUUCCCCAACGUGGAUUAGAUGAGAGAAUGAUGCGGUCUUUACUCCAGACAGCUACACCAACCCCACCUUGUGGCACCCCGCUUGCUCUACUCCGAGUUGCCGGUCCAUAUUUUGGAAAGCGUGACGCGAAUUCACUUUCACACAUCCCGUCUGCUCCUACUAGGUACCUGUCGAGUUGCCGUACGACACUGCCAAGCCACCGUUUUGCACCACGACACCAAAGUCUCCCUCUCUCUACACUUAUCGCGCCUACAAAUUUGAGGCUCUAUCAAUCUACCAAUUUGGAGCGACACAUAGUGAGAUCAGAACAAACUCGUGCUUAUUCAGCUGAAGGAGCAAGCAAUAUGUAUACAGCAUCUUUCGCCUUCUUCGAGGCGAUUGCGGAGGCUGGUGUCACACAUUGCUUUGUGAACCUGGGAUCGGAUCAUCCGAGCAUCAUUGAAGCAAUGGUCAAGGGACAGAAGGAGAAGGGCAGCAACUUUCCUCGGAUUAUCACCUGUCCCAACGAGAUGGUCGCCAUGUCCAUGGCGGACGGAUACGCGCGUCUGACGGGGAAGCCGCAGGUAGUUAUUGUGCACGUCGAUGUGGGCACACAGGGCCUUGGUGCAGCUGUGCAUAACGCGAGUGCUGGACGUGCCCCUAUUCUAGUCUUUGCCGGCCUCAGCCCGUUCACUAUCGAGGGCGAAAUGCGCGGUUCUCGGACAGAGUACAUUCACUGGAUUCAGGACGUGCCAGACCAGAAACAUAUCAUCAGCCAGUACUGCCGCUACACAGCCGAGAUCAAGACAGGCAAGAACAUCAAGCAAAUGGUCAACCGCGCCUUACAAUUUGCCACCAGCGAUCCUCAGGGUCCUGUCCAUUUGGUCGGUGCCAGAGAGGUGAUGGAAGAGGAUAUCGAGCCUUAUCAUCUUGAUCAAGGAGUUUGGGAUCGUGUACAGCUCGGUGGACUUCCCCAACAGGCUGUGAGCGAUAUAGCGGAGGCAUUGAUCGGCGCCAAGAAGCCUUUGCUCAUCACAGGCUACUCUGGACGCAACCACAAGAACCCAGGGGCUUUAGUCGAAUUGGCCAAUUCAGUCAAAGGACUCAGGGUUCUUGACACUGGUGGUAGUGAUAUGUGCUUCCCCGCAUCUCACCCAGCCUGGCUAGGACUGCGCUUCGGCGUCGAAGCCGAGAUUAGGGAGGCCGAUGUUAUCUUGGUCGUGGACUGUGAUGUUCCUUGGAUCCCCACACAAUGCAAGCCGGCAGAUACGGCGAAGGUUUUCCAUAUUGACGUCGAUCCCCUGAAGCAAAUGAUGCCUCUUUUUUACGUGCCAGCCCAGCAACGAUUCCGUGCCGACGCCUUGCAAUCUCUGGAGCAAAUCACUGGACACAUCAACGCUGACCUGCACAAUAAAAUUGACUCAGCAACUGCCGAUAAGGCUUGGGAAACUCUGACAGCUGCGCACGAGAAGCGUCUACAUGACAUCGCAACCAAGGCUGAAAAGUCGUCCGACGACACGUUUGGCACAGGAUAUCUGUGUCGCAGGCUGAGAGACACAUGUCCCAAAGACACUAUCUGGGCAAUCGAGGCCGUGACGAACACAGGAUUUGUCCAUGACAACAUUCAGCCUGAACUGCCUGGGUCGUGGAUCAACUGUGGAGGUGGUGGUUUAGGUUGGUCCGGGGGCGGUGCCAUGGGGAUCAAGCUCGCGACUGAUGCUGAGAAUGGCGGCCAGGGAAAAGGCAAAUUCGUAGUGCAGAUUGUGGGUGAUGGAACUUUCUUGUUCAGUGUGCCGGGGAGCGUGUAUUGGAUAUCCAGGAGAUACAAGAUUCCCAUCCUGACGAUUGUUUUGAACAACAAGGGAUGGAAUGCCCCACGAAAGUCGCUCCUCCUUGUGCAUCCAGAUGGAGCUGGUUCCAAGGCCACGAAUGAAGAGAUCAACAUCUCGUUCGAUCCCGUUCCUGACUACUCUGGCAUCGCGAAGGCUGCCGCGGGUGGCGAGCUAUAUGCAGCCAAGGUUGAGAAGGCAGCAGAUCUUGAUGAAAUUCUGAAAAGGGCAAUUGAAACUGUCAAAAGAGGGCAGAGUGCUGUAUUGGAUGUGAAGGUCAGCUUCGGAUCCUAGCUUUAAUGUCUGGCGGUUGGAAGAAAUUUGCCUUCUGAAAUCCUCCAUUGAUAUGGUCCGAAGUCCCUGGUAGUUGCUUGUAUUGAUGUCAUGGUCGCUUGUACGUUCUUCCAAGGUGCCGUCCCGCUUGAUUAGCAUACUUGGCUUCAAGUCUACACACGUGCCCAGACAAGAACAAAAGACUACAUUCAAAGACGAACGACACAAUCGCAACCUAGAUGGGAAUCCUUUCCUUUCAACUCAUUAUUCGGCUGCCCAACGUCAUAAUGUACUCUGGAGUCUAAGAUGCGGAAAUGUCACUACUUGUCCAGCUGCCUUCCAAUUUUGUUUUAUACAGAAUCGAAUCUAGGUUGAAGACAACCCUGAAAGCGCCUCCGAGUCUGGAGUUUCUAGCGUACAUUUUCCAUGAAUCAAAGUGUGACUUAUCAUGCACGAUUUCUCAGUUGUCAUAGGUGCUGAUAUAUAAAUAUACUAUGCCC